AUGAGCACCUCUACUAUAGAUAUAAUUGAGUGUCAAAAAUUUGAGGAGAAUUCGAGUGGUAGUGGUGGUGGUGGUUUAGGAGGCGGAGCUAGUGGUGGAAGAGGGCUUGGAGGUGGAGGUGGUUUAGGAGGUGGAGGUGGUGAGGCAACAAAUAUAAUAUUCCGUAGCUUGGACUUGACGAUAGGGUCAGACGAUGAGUGUCAUAGUGUUAGAGGAGGGCUUAGUGGCGGCGCUACUGCUAAAAGAGGACUUGGUGGCAAUAAUGGUUUAAAAGAUGGAGUUGGUGCAUAUGAUGGCAAUGGCGGUGGUGAUGGUGCUAGAGGAAGACUUGGUGGUGGUAAUGGUUUAGAAGGUGGAAAAUGCGAGGUAUAG